GGCCAAUCUUAACAUCUUACAUACCGCCGUUCACUUUGCGACCUCAAAUGGCCAGCAGCUAUCAAGGGCCGAAGGACGAGGGCAACGCUUGAUUCAUUGGUUGACGCACUCAACUCACGACAUCGAUUCAGUCAACCACCUCUGCCUGGCUUCAGGAACAGCUACCCCGUUGUACUCCUCGCAUCUAUUACUCCUACCUCACCCUCCCUUAUCACGGCAUCUACGCAGCAUGACAGCCUCCACCUCAACAGCUGCUGCAUCGUCUUCGUCACCAUCCUCGGCAGUACCAUCUCACCUACGUCCACCAGCCAUGCGCCGCAGCGCCUCGUCCUCGAGCGGCCGGUCCAACAGCAGCGGCACGCCGUUGGUUCACCCGCCGCCACCGGGGCGCGUAGAAGCCGGCCCCUUGGCAAUCGACUCGGGCGACCCGGUCAUGGGGGACAUCCUCUACCGGCUUGAUGACGAGCAGCGAGCUCCACCAAAGACGGCGAAUGACAGUGCGGCAGAUGUAGAAUCACAGCCAGCGCAGGGUUCAAGUGGUGCCACACCUCCCGUGGACCCAAUGCACGAUCACUUGGCCUGGCUCCAAGAUCGACCUUGGUAUCGUCGGCCCAGUCCCCUCUGGCUCAUCCCUCUUACCACUCUUUUAGCCGUCGGAGGUGGGACAAUCAUGUCGGCCAAAGUGCAGCUCUUCAAUCAAAUAGUCUGCGAAGAGUUGGCAAGGGACGCCUCUCACAAUCUACCAAUGCCCACGGACGGAGCUGGGAUCCUUCGUUUUCCUCAUGAGCGUCCGCCCGUUUCAUCGGCGUGCCUCAAAAAUCCGGAUGUAGCGGCAGCAUCUGCCGAUCUGCAGAUGAAAAUCACCAUCACCAUGGGUAUUCUCAGCGCUAUCACCACGGGAUGGUGGGGUGGCCUCUCUGACCGUAGGGGCAGGACUAAAGUCCUCGCUGCGGCCGUGACAGGACUCUUGACUGCAGAUCUCUCCUAUCUAGCCGUCGGUCUGCUUCCAGUGGCCAGCCUGCCAUUUGGCACCCACUUCAUGAUCAUCUCCUCCGUCAUCGAGGGCCUACUAGGCGGCAUCGCCACCAUCAUUGCCGGUCAUCAGGGCUUCAUCUCCGACGUCACACCAGCCGGCACUCGCGCAAAGGUCUUUGCUCAGCUGUCAGGCUGUUUCUACCUCGGUCUGACAGUCGGCCCCGCUCUGGGAGGUUGGAUGGCCAAAGUAACGGACAGCUUGAUGUCCACCUUCGUCUUCGCCACUUCGACGCAUACACUCUACAUUCUUCUCAUCCUAUUCGUCAUCCCUGAGAGCGUGAGCCCGGAGCGUAAGCGAUCAGCCAUGGCCGAAUUCAACCGUCGCAACGCCCCAACCGAAGGAGGGGACAGCGUUAAGAUGCAAGUGCGACGUCGCCUCCUCACUCCUCUGCAGCCGCUAGCUAUGCUCCUUCCCCGUCAAGUCGAUGAGGUAGAGCGACUUCAGUCCCGCCCUGCCACGCCGAUGCCCUCGCUCUCAUCUCACAUCUCCGUCUCCCACAUCUCGCGAAAACGCAAGCGAGACUGGAACCUCACUUGGCUCUCCAUAUCCUACUUCCUCGCCAUGUCCUGCAUGGGUCUCAUGACUGUCAAGACCAUCUAUGCGCAGGAAGUCUUUGGAUGGGACGCUACUACCCUCGGGCUCUUCCUGACGGGGAUCAGCGUGGCAAGGGUGGUAUCGCUUACGCUGGUGCUGCCAGUGAUCAUAAAGGUGCUGCACAGGCCGCCAAAGAGAGUGGCCUUGCCGCAAGACUCGGCGGAUGAGCGAACAGGCCUAUUACUGGAUGACGAAGGACGAACUGCUGCCAGGAGUCAAAGCACGAGGAAGAGCUAUGGCGCCACUUCGCCCCACGCCACAGUCGAAGAGCUUUGGACACUUCGAGCGAAGCAUCUCCGUCUCCUGCACGACAGCCACUUCGACCUGAAGCUCACGCGCGCCUCCUUUCUCAUCGACUCUGUAGCAUACGCAACGCUCUGCUUCUGGCGCACACCCACCGGCUUCAUCUUUGGCUCCCUCUUUGUCUCCCUUGGAGCCGCCUCUUCCGCAUCUAUGGCCUCUCUCGCCUUGGCCCUCCUACAGCGACCGGACGAAGCGGGCCGGCUCUUUGGGGCUUGGAGUAUCGUGAGCGCCAUUGGUAGUACCGUGUUGGGCCCGCUCUUCUUCACCUGGGUCUUCAAGACUUGGGCCCAUACUGCGCCUUGGGCCAUCUUCUACGCAGGGGAGGGGGUGCUACUCGCAGCGCUGGCUUGUACGCUGUUCAUUCGUGUGAGGAAGAUCAAGAGCUUGCCGGGGCUGCCGCCUAGACCUAGGGCU